ACCCCGUCUUCCCAAUUCCCAUGUCCACCGCGCCCCCGCGGCGGCCGUGCACAACCAACGCCACGCCACCACGCUAGGAGAACAGACCGGCAGGGACAUCGGACAUGGCAGCACCGCACCGUGCUUGCGCCCGCGCCCGCGCCUACCUCCACCUGCUGCUCACCGUCGCGCUGCUCCCCUGCUGCCUCCCGCGCCACGCGGCCGCGCAGGCCCAACCGGCGGACGAGGCGCGGCUGCUGCUUCGGAUCAAGCGCGCGUGGGGCGACCCGCCCGUGCUCGCGGGGUGGAACGCGACGGCCGCGGGCGCGCUCUGCAGCUGGCCGUUCGUCGGGUGCGACGCGGCCGGGCGAGUCGUGAACCUCACCCUCGCGAACACCAACGUCGCAGGGUCCUUCUCGGACGCCGUCGGCAACCUCUCCGCCCUCACGCACCUCGACGCCUCCAACAACAGCAUCUCCGGCGGGUUCCCGACCGCGCUGUACCGCUGCGCUUCGCUGCAGUACCUCAACCUCUCCCAGAACUACCUCGGCGGGGUGCUCCCGGCGGACAUCGGCCGCGGCCUCGGGGAGCACCUGACCACGCUCGACCUCAACGGCAACGAGUUCAACGGCACCAUCCCGGCGUCGCUCUCCAGGCUCCGGAACCUCCAGUUUCUCGCGCUGAACAGCAACCGGUUCGCCGGUACCAUACCGGUCGAGCUCGGCGAGCUGACGAGCCUUCAGAAACUGUAUCUGGCAAACAACCCGUUCGGCGCAGGCCAGCUGCCGGCGUCAUUCAAGAAAUUGACCAACCUGGUCAGCCUCUUUGCGUCACAGUGCAAUCUCGCCGGCGACUUCCCAAAUUUUGUUUGGGGCCUCAAGAAGCUGCAACUGUUGUAUCUGUACACGAACAACCUCACCGGCGAAUUGGCAGCUGACGGCUUUGCUGCGAGAAGCUUGAUAGGAAUCGACGUCUCAAUGAACCAGAUUACUGGAUUUAUCCCGGAAGUGUUUGGGGGCUUGGAGAACCUCACAGUUUUGAGUCUCUUCCAGAACAACUUCUCCGGCGAGAUACCGGCAAGCAUCGGCCUGUUGCCGUCACUGACAUUGUUGAGGCUCUACUCUAACAGGCUCAACGGCACGCUCCCACCAGAGCUCGGGAAGCACUCGCCGGGCUUGUAUCGUAUCGAGGCUGACGACAACGAGCUCACCGGCGCCAUCCCGGAGGGGCUGUGUGCCGGAGGCAAGUUCCAGGCGCUCACCGCCAAGCGCAACCACUUGAACGGCUCCAUCCCGGCGGGCCUAGCCAACUGCACUACUCUGUACAGCCUGCAGCUAGGCAGUAACAACCUGUCCGGUGAGGUGCCCCAGGCUCUGUGGACGGUGGCGCAGCUCCAGUACGUGCAGCUACCGAACAACCAGCUCACUGGGAGUCUUCCAGCAAGCCUGGCCAAAUGCUCCAAUCUCCGAACCCUAAAUCUACGCGAUAACCGGAUCUCAGGCGUGCUGAAGUCAUAGAUAGACAAUGUAACCAGUUCCUAAGUCUCCUAGCUACGAUGUGCCACAAGCGUUCCUAAGCUCAGCAGGUCCGUUGUGACUAUGUGAGCUUGACGAUAGCUAGAGAAAAGGUGCGUUGGGUCGGAAUUGAUAUACAACCAAAUCUCUUCCUCGGCGAAGACAUUUUUUAUC